CGCGGAUAUUUACUGUUUCUCACUGUUCACGUGUGACAACGUUCAGAUGAUUCGAAGUUUGCGCUGAAUCAACAACACCAAUGGACUUUAGACCGCGCGUGCGAAUCACUCUUUAACACUACUGUGCCUAUAACAGCUAAAAUGGGAGUAUUACACAAAGAUCUAAUUGCGUUUUCUACUUAUCUGUUGUGCAAGUCUACGCAGCUUGCAGUCAAGUUAACUUGAUUAUAAAGAGCAUGUCAAUGUAAAGAGCUGACCUUCAAUGAACCGAGUCUUGCCGUCGUUUUCGCUAGCUGCUUAAUCACUAAUAAUGUCUCUUGUGGAGUCUGACGAAAACACUCCGCUUCUCAGAGGCGAUAUCACAAGUGGUGGGGAUGCAGACAGAAGCCGCUGGAGGUCCAUCAGGGUCAUGUACUUCACUAUGUUCCUUAGCAGCGUUGGUUUUACGAUUGUAAUCACUUCCAUAUGGCCCUAUCUGAAAAAAGUUGAUGAAAAUGCAGAUGCCAGUUUCUUGGGAUGGGUGGUUGCUGCGUAUAGUUUGGGUCAGAUGGUGGCCUCACCACUCUUUGGACUGUGGUCCAAUCACAGGCCUCGACGAGAGCCUCUAGUCUGCUCUAUAUUCAUCAAUGUCUCUGCUAACAUUUACUACGCCUAUGUCUACCUACCUCCUUCACACAAAGAAAUUCACAUGCUUUUGGCUCGUACGUUUGUGGGCAUUGGAGCAGGUAAUGUAGCUGUUGUGAGGUCCUAUGUGGCUGGUGCCACUUCCCUGAAGGAGAGAACCAGUGCAAUGGCUAACAUGAGUGCCUGUCAGGCUCUCGGCUUCAUUCUUGGCCCAGCCCUACAGGCUGUUUUGUCAUUCAUUGGAGAGUCUGGCUUCAGUGUGAAAGCCAUCCAGCUUCAGGUUAAUAUGUACACCGCUCCAGCGCUGUUGGCAGCCUGCUUCGGGAUCAUUAACAUUCUGCUGGUUAUAUUAGUCUUGAGGGAGCACUGUGUGGAUGACCAUGGAAAUCAUAUCCGUGCAAUUAACUACACCUCAGAAGAGCAAGUAGAUGUGGCUCCUGAGGUUGAAGGUGAUAUCGAUCAGAUCGCAGUGUUCACAUCUAAUGUCCUUUUCUUUGUCAUUCUCUUCAUUUUUGCUGUGUUUGAAACUAUAUCUACUCCUUUAUCAAUGGACAUGUUUGCAUGGACGAGGAAAGAAGCUGUUUUGUACAAUGGUAUCAUAUUGGCGGCCAUUGGUUUUGAGUCCAUCCUCAUCUUCCUGGUUGUAAAAGUAGUCUCAGCACGAUCGCCACUGCUGCUCGGAGGCCUGAUUCUCAUAUUUGCUGGUUUCUUUAUCUUGUUGCCAUGGGGAAAUCAAUAUCCUAAAAUACAGUGGGCAGCCAUUGAGAAUAACACCACACCAGAAAUACGACUGGCACACACUCCACCCUCAAACGCUUCUCUGGAGCCCACUGGAUGUCCGUCUGAACAGACCUGGUGCUUGUUUACCCCUGUAAUUCAUCUCGCACAGUACAUUGCCUCUGACAUCCUGAUUGGAGUGGGUUACCCCACAUGCAACGUAAUGUCCUACACUUUAUACUCAAAGAUAAUAGGCCCCAAACCACAGGGGGUUUACAUGGGCUGGCUGACAGCAUCAGGAAGUGGAGCGCGGACCCUCGGGCCUGUGUUUGUUUCUCACGUCUACACCAUCCUGGGACCCCGAUGGGCCUUCAGCGUCAUAUGUGGCAUAGUAUUAGCUGCAGUUGUUCUUCUGAGUGCCAUGUACAAACGACUUAUCGCCUUUUCCAUACGCCACGGAAGGAUAGAAGAUGAAAGUCAUGACUGACAGGUGCCUCCACCAACUACUAAUGGACAGUUCGGAGAAGUGGGCUUGACUUAAAUAUGGAAAUCGUUUUUUUUUAAAUAGAUAACUGUAUAAAGUGUGGAGCUUUUCAAGCAUAAUCAUGGUUCUGAAGUAGUAAAUAUCUUGAUAUGUUGAAGUAUAAUUUUCCUUUUUAGCUAAACUGUGAACCACUUGUAGCAGCAUGACAUGGACUGACACCAUAUAAAAUCAAACAAUGGCACACUCUAAAAAGUCCCAUGUGAACGGCAGUAUUAAUGAUUUGGCAGCUCAGUGGGUUAUGAAGCAUCGCAGAUGACUACUGUGCAUAAUGGAUUAUGAUUGUUUUGGUUUUAAUAAUCUAUUUUAUUAACUUGAAUUUCUGGCGUUGUAAAGUAUUAACAUGUGUUGGAUGAUUUACUCUCAUUUGCAUUGAUAGGACAGGCUUGACACAGAUGUUGAAGUUUCUUUUCUUUUUAAUAACACUAAGCUUAAAAAGCACACAGGGUGCCGAGAAUCACUUGAGUUUUUGGUGAUUAUAAGCUGCAAGACCACUGUAUUUUAAAUCCAGCUUUUGUUCUGUUUUUUGAGUUAAAGCACAACAUUUCCUGAGAAAUGGCAAUAAAUCGUUCCUUUAAUGUUUUUAAAAAAAGUGAGGCAUGA